AACCUACGCCCUUUGGAUAGUUCCUUCUACCGCGUCAACUUUUCUCAGGCUAACUGUGUUGCUGCAGACUUGGAUUCUCUCUGUUUCGCACUUCUCAGGGUCAUACCACCGAUGUGGAUGUGAACUUUGAAGACACGCUUCAACCUUCUUGAGCGGCGAAGAGGUACUCCUCGACAGCGCGAAACCAGGUUCAUGGUGAUAGAUUUGACUUUGUCUCAUAUGAUCACCGGGGCCGCCGGAGCAGGUCCAUCGAUAGCGACGGAUUAUCGAUGGGCGGAUAGUGCUCCCAUUUGACGGAGUGCUCAACGGUCCAUGUCGAACUGUAACUAAUUUCUUUCUGGAAUCGAUUUUGCACAAGGAUGUAUUUUGCGUCGGACUACGGUGCGUACUUCCGAACCAACGUACCCCGAAGCAGUGUAACGGAGAGAUGUCCACGGGAUGAAAUGGUCUUCGGUGUCCGAAAACGAGCGCUUUAUCAGCCCGCAGCUCUUUGCAGUUCAGGUGAUGCAAGCCAAGCAUCCUACGCGACUGGCAGAUUCUUUGAGGGCCGCAUUGGAAAUGAGUCUGACACGAUGCUCUUGAACUUCGGAUGGAAAGGUUACAAGCGAGAGCAGAGGCGAAGAUCAUAAAGCCCAAUGCGGGGUAAAAGGUCCCACAACGUCAUACCUGGGGUGU